GCGUGAAUGUAAACAGUUUUUGAAACGAACUUAUGGAGUGUAAAGAUUUAAAACAUUUUUUGAAUACCAAACACAACAAUAUGGUAAUUUGCAUUUAAACAUUAACCUGGAAUCGAACAGAACUAAAAAAUUAAUGUGAGUGGAAACAAAGAUAAACUAAAUGAAGAUGAAUAAAUCAAGCAAACGACCAUUUUAUGCUCUUCCCAAAAACCGAAAAACCAGUGCGGAGAUAGUGAGUGAAGCUCGAGCUGCAAUAAGAAGUGUUGAGACCAAACGACCUUUUACCCCCGCUGAAAAGAAAAGGUUGCAGAAUGAAAGUCCUCUUCUUCAUCGCCGUCCUAGUAUUUCCAGCAUUGAUGCUUUGCAGUAUGAUCCGUUAGAAAGCAGACCAACAACUGGUGUUAAAUUGAUCCCUUUGAGGGGAAAAAAGUCAGUAAUUGAAGAUACUGACCAAACUGAACUUCAGCUUGAACCUAUAGCAAAGCAAGUGCCAAUAGUCAAUUUGGAUAGAAGUAAGCCAACAAGAAAUGAUCACAAUAAUGGAAUGAACCAUUGCUUUGGAUACACAGUGAAAGAAAAUAUCAUAAAGACUGAAACUGAGAGAGAAAAAUUCAAAGAAAAUAGUCAAGAUUUUUUUGAGGAAAGCAGUAGAGAUGUACAUGAGAACAAACAACCUGGACAUUGUUUGAAAAAAAGAAAUAUUACAGUCAGGAGAAGAGCAUCUGGGGACACAACUAAACAAGAUGUUGAUAUUGGUAUCUUGAAAAAUGUUAAAGAUGGAACUAUACCUGAUAAUGGAUAUGUCAAACAAAAGGAUCCUGAAACCCAAAAACUUGUGCAAAGAUUAACAGCACUAAUGGAACAGCUAAAUAUGGAUAGAUAUGAAGAUAAAACUGACCCACACGUAGAAAAAGUACUUCAGCAAUUAUAUCGACUUCUGGAAGAGAGUGGACUGAAAGAGCAGAGCUUCAAACUCCGUAGCUCACUUCUGAGAGUUUUAUACAAGCUGUUAGAUCCAGCUCAACCCCAGAAAAGUCUUUUAGUGGCCAGAGUCAUAUUUCAGCUGAAGGUGAGUGGGAGAAAUUUAACAUCUGUUUGUAAAGCUGUGUACAAGAUCAGCAAAGAAGAAAAAAAUGACAGCCUUUUUCUUAGCACAAAAUGUUUAGCAACCUAUUUAGCAUUUGUUCAAACAAUCCAUCCUGAAGUUACUUCCGAUGCCAUGAUGUAUAUAACAGCAACUUGGAAGCUGCUUUCUGGAAAUGAAAAACUCAGAAACUACUUAUUGAAAAAAGGCUGUUUGGAGUUCUUGCUGUACCAACUGAAUAAUCUAAAUAUUAUGAUUCAAAAUGGUGGAGAUGGUGAGAUUUAUUCAAGUAUACUUGUUCAGCUUACAGGUACCUUAAGAAAUUUGGCUGAAAAUGACUUCUCACAACAGGCUUUAGUGAAGGAAUGUGCAAUGAAAGAUAUGUGUUUAACUCUUCAGUUGUGUCAGAAUGACAAGGAUGUUGUUCUGAAUAUUAUUCGAACACUGAGCAAACUUACAGUGCUACAACAAUCAUGUGAAAUGUUGCUGGUUUGUGGAUCUUCCUGUUUAAUUCUAAUGGAUCUUCUCCAACAACACAAGCAAAAUCAAGAUAUUGUGGUACGGGUUUUUUUUAUCCUCGGAAAUCUUGCGGCAUGGGAUGAGAAUGUUGGAUUGAUAAUUUAUGAGGUGCCUUGUAGCUUAAAUAAUCUCCUUGCUAUCCUGGAUUACUAUAUACAGUUGAAAAUAAAGGUGAAGCAAGAAACUGAGAGAAUAGCCGAAGGAACAUGCUGUGGUAUUCCUCCCAGAGACUGUGAAGAUGUUCUCGUUAAGGCGGUACGACUUAUUGCUAAUAUGAGCCUUAACAAAGAAGCAGGAAAUCAUUUGGCAGCUUGUGAUACAUUGUGGGACAUACUGUUAAGAAUCAUUGACAGUAGAGAGAUGGAAGGUGGAGAAGAACUUGUACUCACUACUUUGAUAUGUCUCAAUAACUUAUCCUACUAUUUAUCUACUGAGAACCAUUUUACCUCAUCUAAGGCAGUUGCAGCUAAAUGUAUUCUUCCAUUAUUGUUAGACACAAAAGAGGAUAUUUGUCUAGAGGUGUGCAGAAUUUUUGGAAACUUGACAAGAUUUUCAUUAGUGAGAAAUUUCCUUGUAACCUCUAAAGCUCUUUCGAUUUUGGUAAACCUGGUAGAAACAAGGAUUACAGAAUUGUUACUGGCAGUAUGUGGGAUUCUGGUUAAUAUCCUUGGAGAUGAUGACAAGAAAGAGCCAUUCUGUCAGUUGAAAGGAGUUCCUAAACUGCUGGAUAUCUUAGAGGAUAUUGGUCAGCAGGACUGGACACUUAGUGGACUUGUUAGUCAGGUUUUAUGGAACUACUGUUGUGGGCCUGGUUCUUCAAUUGAUUGUCUCACAAAAUUAGAGAAAGAUCGAUUGAUGAGUCUUCUAGAAAAGCUUAUAUACAAAUAUGAAGAGGAGACUUGUUUGGGUGAUGAGGAUUCAUCCUUGAUGGUUGUUUCUGAAACCUGCUUUUCUUCAGUAGCAUCUCAACUUCUGGAUGUAAUAAGCAUAUGGCCAUCUUAGCUGUCAGUUAAAGAAAAUUAGUCUUUGCUAGUCUACUGUUUUCUUAGGUUGUUUUAUCUGUUAUUUUUAUUAGUUUGUUGAGCCCUUUUUUAACUUAUUGGUUUCUUCAGUAUUUAUCUUAAUGCUCAUCAGUUGUUUUUGGCAUUUUUUAAAAAAUGAAAUUGAAAACAAAUUAUUAUGAUAUGUGAUUGUAUUUGUGAACUGUGUUUAAAAGUCCUGAAUCUGUUCAUAAUAAUUUAAUUUUUAAUGUAUUUUAUGUGAAUAAAAAAUGUAUGAUUGAUAUUCAAUAUACCAUUAUUCAGGUUUUUCAAAGUUUACCUGAGCAUAGCUAACUGUUAUCAAAUAUGUAUGCACGUUUGUUUCUUUAUUAUUUUCUAAGGAUGUGGAAACUCAUUCUAUCCUUUAAAAAUAUGUUUUUUCUCAACAGGACAGUUGAAGUAUUGAUGUUAUAAAAUAUGCAGUUGUUGAAUACGUCACUCUUUAGGAGUAUUAAUGUGUUGUCUUAUUUAAACUUGUAGCUGUGAAGGAUCAGAAAUAUGAUUUGGGUCAUCUGUGUAAUAGACCAUAACUGUAGCUUCCAGUGCUGAAUAAACAAAAACAUGCCACCUGUCAAGGUUUACUCACAGGAAGAGUACAAAAAAAAUGAUAUUAGCUUAUUUUGUGAAAGAUUGGUAUGGUUAGAUGCAUGAAAGAUGGAAGGCAAAUUGCGUCAAAUUCAAAACUUAUCAUGCAUUUAACAAAACAGAUAAAUGAAAUUAUUUCUUUAUGCUGUUACCAAGGUCGUCUUCCUCCUAAUUUCUUGAUGAAAUGAUUUUAAUACAUUGUUUUAAUACCACUAUUUCUAUUACAUACCAAGAACAAUUUUAUAUAGCCUGGAGUCAAAAUUAGUAAGUGAAUAAUACCGUUAAUUUUCUUUGAUGAAUGUGUAUAACAAUCUUGAUAAGGACUGCCUAUAGCAUUUAUUUUUAUUAUAAUUUAGUGUAAACCCUUUCAUUGACAGUUAAUAUGGUAGAAAGAAGAUGGAAUUUUCUGAUCCUUCAACUGUUAGAUGCAGUAUGUUAUUAAGUUGUAGUAAACUCUUUUAUUGUAGUAAUGUCAUUUUGAUAAAAGCAAGUUUAUGUAAUUACACUGAUAUUAAAAUCAUCAGUCUAACAUUAGUAUUUUUUUGGUUGCUGAAAUACUUAGUUAGUUUGAUGUGAAAAUAUAUAUUUGACUCUAGGCCUUAAUAUGUAUUUAAAUCAUUGUACCUGAGGAUUCGAUCUUAAACAGUAACUACUAGUCAUUAAAUGUUUUGAAAUAUAAAGGUUAUUAAAACAAAUAUUAUAAGAAAAGUAUUAAAGGACAUCAGUUAGCACAGGAACGGUUUGAAAUUAUUUUUUAGAAGUGGCUGCCUUUUUAAUCUGAAUUUAUGGGAACUAAAAGCAAUAGAUUAAUUAAUAUUUGUUGUAUCUCAGCAAUGUUGUAUUCUAGUCAAUUGUUUGAAAUUUAGGAUUUACAAAACUGUGUAUUAUCUUCUAAUAAAAGUUAUUGAUAUUAUUUUAUAUCUUAAAGCCCUAA